UGAUUCUCAAGCUUUUCAAUUUGGCUUUUAAUUGCUCUACAAUUAAUCCACUUCUAUAAUCAAUUUAGUUGAUAUAAUUUUGCCUCUCUUGCAAAAAUAGAUUAUCCGUCAUCUAGUAAUCGAUCAUUGUUGUUAAAUCUGUUGGUUUUAUUAUCUGUUUACUCUUCUAAAUCAAUUUUCUCACUAAUCUGAAAAUCUAUUUAUAAAUCUUAUUGUUUUUUUUUAUUGCUAAUUAACAAUUAAUUUCUCAUUGUUUUUAAUAAGCUAUUUAGUUCUCAGGAUUAUCUUCUCUUGUUUCAUCUCUUCUUACCAUAGUGCAAUUAUCUUGAAUCAUCAAAAUGGUCGCUAAUCGAGGUAACAAAAGACGCAAAAUGGAAAAGUGGUUACGUUUCAGUAGGUAUGGAGAUCCAAUUCCAAACAGUCCGUUUGUGGCCUUUAAAGUUCCGAUUGAGAGUUCGGUAUGGCCUUUACAAGUUGGAGAUCGAUUCAUGUUUGAUGAUCUAUUCAGAAUCUAUCCAGACAUUGGCCUUGUCAUUGAUCUAACGGCAACAACAAAAUAUUACGAUCCUGUGAUUGUGCUUCGUUAUGGUUCAUCUUAUCGAAAGAUUUCAAUACAAGGACAUGGAACUCUUCCUAAUUAUCAAGCUAUUUCGACAUUCAACCAAGUUGUCGAUCAUUUCUUAAGAUUCAAUCGUAAUAAAUUGAUUGGUGUCCAUUGUACCCACGGUGUUAACAGAACUGGUUAUCUCAUCUGUCAAUAUAUGAUGACCAGAUACAGAAUGUCCGCUCGAACAGCAAUCAACACAUUCCGAGUUGGAAGACAUCAUCAAAUUGAAAGACAAAAUUACGUCAAUGCCUUAUACAAAUUGGAAGAUGAUUUAAGACGACCAACCAUUCGACGGACUGACCAUCGACAUCGCCAUGAAUUAACAUCGAGAAGAUAAUCAGUUACAAUUAUAAUCGUCUACUGAUAACCAAUUAACACAAUUCGUCUGUGUUAAACUAAAUUAAGUUUAAUUGUUACUCCUACUGGAAAACAAAUGAUGCCCCCAACGACCAACAAAAUUCAUCAUAAACAUCAACAAUUUUGAUGAUGAAACUAAUUAAUUCAACCCAAUAUGAAUGACAAUUUGAUUCUAAUCAAUUCAAUAUUAUCUAUAUUCAACUAUUCAAGCAUUUUGAUUGUUUUCACCAGAAUCAUCAACUUGAUCAACUAAUUAUCCUUUUCCAAGAAGUCACUAUCAUGCAAAUGUAACUUACUGUGAUUUAAUUAAAUUGUUAAAAAAAACAAAUAACAAUUAACAAGGAAAAAAGUAAAAUAAAAUAAAUGAUUAUUUUUAAAUUUUCACAAA